GCCUUCAGUGCUUCCGGGGGGAGCGUUAAAUGCGAAGGACCCGGAGUGAAUGACAGUGUCACGUGCUGCAGCAGACACAUGGGAAGCCUGCAGCUGCAGACCGGAAGUGGUGUUGUGUAAACAUGCGAGAAACGGCCGGACUGCCGGAGCCUACAAGCUACGAGCGAAUAGUGCUGAAGAAUACCUCCGAGUUCCAUUACAUGAAGAUCCAGGCAAAAUUCCAAGACGAGAGAACCAAGUUAAACCCGGCUCAGUUUAAGCAGCUUAUUAUUUCGGCGUUAAAGACGCUCCACGGAGAGGUGGGCUCAUCCUUCCCUUUAGACUUGUUGAGAUAUGAUGAGAAAACCCUUUGUGGCAUACUAAGAGUCAGCAGCAGCGGCCUGGUAAAACUGUGGACGUCUUUAACGCUGCUGGGGCAUUACCAGAAUCAGGAGUGCGCGGUCCGAGUGAUCCAGACCUCUCCGUUCUUGUUGGCGUUGGCUGGUAACAGCAGAGAGCUGGAUUUGGGGUAAAUAUUUUGAAUUGCUUUGGAUGUUUCUGAAGGUGAAGAUGUUCUCUAUGCUCUCCCGCCAUUUGCGAUCAACUGGGUC